AUGGAAAAAUGUCAAGGCAUCCGUGCUGAAGAUAAUUUGUGCGUUUGCAGGUUUCCGGAAGAAGUCGAGCAUCAAACAAAUGUGGCGUUGACAUUUAUCAAGAUGAAAAGAUUAAAUGAUGCAAAGAAAGUCCUACACAAUUUAAUCGAAGAUGACAGUAACAACGCGGUGGCACUGGCCUACUAUGGGUAUAUACUCAAGAUAAGUAAUUCUAUUACCAUCUUGGGCAGGGCUUACGCGGUCUUCGAACACGCUGCAUCGCUGGGAUUGUUCCUGUCUGCGCAGCAAAGAUCGAUGUACAAUGUCGAAGGACUGACUGGAAGAGCAUGGUGGAGUAACGAACAAACUGGUUAUGGGAAGCACUUGAAAGGAGUGGAGCGGCAAUGGGUUUCCAUUCGAGCCGAAGCAGCUCGCGCUUUCCAUUCCGCUCCAGAAUCGUGGAAAGACGAAAACCCCACAAUUACUGUCGAUGGACGAUGGACCGCAUUUCCAUUACUGGAAAACGGUCACUUUCAUUCGGGAAAUUGCGAAAUAGUGCCACAAACAUGCUCUAUUCUCAAGGAGUUUCGCGAAAGCAGUAACGCAAGCAGAUCCGAGAUGAGAUUUUCGGCCCUCACCUCAGGAACAAGAGUUUUGCCACAUUGUGGACCGACAAAUAGCCGUUUACAAGCGCAUCUAGGUUUAAUCGUUCCUUCAGAAGCAAGAAUAAGGGUAGGUAGCGAGCAACGUGGAUGGAAAACUGGAAAAUUCAUCAUAUUCGACGACUCCUUUGAGCAUGAGCUGCAAUUCGAUGGUGCAUCCUCCUCCUCCUUACGCCUAAUCCUCCUAAUUGAUCUCUGGCAUCCGGAAGUCGAAUCGCAUCAGCGAACUGCUCCCGAGGAUGACUGA